AUGGCGCAAUCGCCGCACCGUGCCCAACAGCAUCCUUCCACUCGUUCGUCGCCCUCGCAAUCCAUGGAUGUCGCUAGCCCUGCGGCUUCAGUCGGGACGCUCGUUUCAUAUCUGGUUGCUUCCAAGCGUUCCCUUGGUAGCAUUCAUCUGGUCCAUCGAGCCACGACCAUCCUCUCAGACGCACGUGCAUCCGUCGAGUCGACCACUGCUCUCCUUGCGAAAACGACCUACCUACGUCGCUCCUUGGCUUCCCAGUUGAAAUUAUUACGUGCCAUCCUGUUCGAGUUAGAAACCGCCGCGCAGGGGAUACAGGAGGAGUUUCAGGCUGUAAUUAAAGAGUUGGACGAUACUGGCGCAAGACUGCUUGAGGCUAUUGACCUUCUGAAGCAGACACGGAUUGAGGACGCGUUUAAGCCUAAUCCCCGUACACAAUCACAAGAUGUCGCCGACAAGGAGACUCUACAUGAUUUUGUGGACGACACGGGCGUGGAGAAUAUCAGGCAGGCGAUGGAAGUAGCCAUCGACAACGUGCAGAAUUCGCAAAAUGAAAUGAACCAGUCAAUCGAGAUCCUCGAGGAAGAUUUGCAGACUAUCAGUGAUGUCCUCACCAACAGAACCGAAGCGUCAGACCCGGAAAGCGGGCCACGGCAGCCGGUUAUAUCCGUCAUUCUACGUUCUUUAGAAGACCAUGCCCGAGAAAUGGCCCAAGGGCUGGAGAGCCUUGUUCGGCAUUUCGACCUCUGCGUCACCGCCAUCAAGCACACCGAAGGUGGGGGCGAGGCGGUUGUCCAGACCGUCAAGGCGAACGUUGAUGACCUUCCCGAAGCGGUCGGCAUGGCGAUGGACGAGCUGCAAGCCCCAGCCCAACCGAUGAAUGAAGAGGAAAGACUCGAAAUGUUACAAGUACUAGAAAACGACGCCGCCGAGGUCGACGAGGUCGUGAUGGAACUCCAGGACCGCAAUGCUGAGAUGGAGGCUCAACUUGACAAGAUCCUCCAGUGGCGAGAGCGGCAGGAGAACGCUUAUGCAGACGUCAACUCUGCAUUUAAGCUCCUGGACAAGAUCUCGGCGCGGUUGUCCAACUACGUGGCCGAGACCGCACGCCAUGCCUCCCGGUGGAACGAGGAGAAGGCCAAAAUCGAAGAUGGGAUUGGCGGCAUGGAAGAACUUUGCAACUACUACGCCAACUUUCUGCACGCGUACGACGGCCUCAUUGUCGAAGCCGCUCGACGCCGGACGGUCCAGAAGCAGAUGGAACGCAUCGUUAAUGACGCCCACUCCCAGCUGGAACAACUCUACCAACAAGACCAGCAGUUGAGACUAGAGUUCAAGGAUAAUAUGGGCGAAUAUCUUCCCAGCGAUAUAUGGGAUGGGGUCAAUGCCUUGCCGCCGCGUUAUACCAUUACUAGUGCCGACGAAGACGGUGGGUUCGCUGCUAGUGUGCCGGAACUGCCUAGAAAGACUGUCGAGAAUGCCUUGAGACGGUUGAAAGGAGGCAGAUAG